AUGCAAACUGCUACUUCUUUAUUUUAUAAAAUAUUCAUAUUAUUAGUGAUAUUUUGUUUGUUGAGGCUCACUGAAGCCCAACAGUUCACACCAUGCAAUGGUAAAUCAAAAUUAAACGGUUCUUGUGAUGUCAAUUCGGAUUGUGAACUGAAAGGUUCUAUUUGCUUACGUGGAAAAUGCAGAUGUCAUCCACACUAUGGAGAAGUCGCUGAUGAAAAGGGACGUUGGAGCUGCAAAAUCUUACCUGCAAAAAUUGGGGCUCCUUGUGGAGCGUUGAAAUGCCGUGAGCCACUGUUCUGUAGAAAUGGAGAAUGUCAAUGCGUUCAACGUGGAAAUACUCGGUUGUCUAACUCUGAAUGUGUAGUAACGUCUAAUGUUGGAGACCGCUGCAGUAGACAUUACGACUGCUCUGCGCCGUUUUCAGCUUGUUUGAAUUCUCAAUGUGUUUGUAUCAGUGGAACUAUACAACAAGGUUCACGUUGCGUUGCAGCGGCUAAUUGUCCGCUCGGAGGUUUACCUGGCCAGAGCUGUGUAAGGCGAACAGAUUCAAGUCUGGCUUUCAACUUCCCAACAGAACAAGAUAACUGUCCAAUCGGACAGAUUUGCAUAACUGCAGCUGAUAGUCCAGUGGGCCAUUGCUGCCCUGUUGUAUGUCCAUUGGCUUCUCAUGUGGAUACAAGAUAUUCGUGUAGUCCAGAUGCAGACAUGAACAAUAAAUGCCCUUCUGAUACUCACUACUGUCAUUAUUUAUCAGACGGCGGUUUCUCUAUGGCGGUCUGCUGCCGUAGGCCCUGUAACGCUAUGGCGCCGAACGCAUUGUACGCUAAUCACCAGUGUUUGCCUCGUGGUCAGUUGAACAGUCAGUGUGUAUCAAAUGCUCAAUGUGGCGGUGGAGAGGGUAUGGAAUGCAUCAAGGGUCAAUGUCAAUGUACUGAUGGUUUCCAUCCAACCGUUGAUACAUUAACACAUCCAUUAAAGAAUCCUUCCCAGACAUGUUCGCGCGAUUGUUCGCAAGAAAAUCUGAGCCGAGACACAAGUUGUAUGAAACCUGUUACUCUUGGCCAACAGUGUUUUAUUCAAAAACAGUGUCCAUUGAACUCGGGAUGUUAUAGAGGCCGUUGCAUGUGCAGAUGCGGAUUUGAACGAAAAGGAGAAAAAUGUAUAUCUCUACCUCCACCCCCAACAACUACUGCUCAACCCUCUCUUCCAAUCCUUCCUGGUGUAAGUGUGUCGGAAGGAAGCAAAAUCUUCGAUUUAUUCUCUCAAAUCUUUGGAGGAAAUGGUAAUGGAGGUGGUUUUAACUUCGGUAAUGGAUAA